AUGUCCACCGAGGGCAAGACCAUCACAUGCAAGGCCGCCGUCGCCUGGGAGGCCGGCAAGGACCUGAGCAUUGAGGAUGUCGAGGUCGCUCCGCCCAAGGCCCACGAGGUGCGGAUACAGGUCUACUACACCGGUGUCUGCCACACCGACGCAUACAUGCUGAGCGGGAAGGACCCCGAGGGCGCCUUCCCCGUCAUUGCCGGACACGAGGGCGCCGGCAUCGUCGAGAGCGUGGGCGAGGGCGUCACCAACGUGAAGAAGGGCGACACCGUGGUUGCACUCUAGUAAGCAACUCCUCCUCCCCUCCCCUCCCCGUCCCGCCCCGCCCCGCCCCGCAUUCCCCGGGUCUGGGGAGACUUUGAUGGCCUGGUCUGGCCUGGCCUGCCGCAAGAACUUCAGCAACGCUACAGUCGCAAAGUGUGGGAGAAUCCUCACUGACAUCUCCGCCCACACAGCACCCCAGAAUGCAAAGAGUGCAAAUUCUGCAAGUCGGGCAAGACCAACCUCUGCGGCAAGAUUCGUGCCACCCAGGGCAAGGGUGUCAUGCCUGAUGGCACUCCCCGCUUCAAGUGCAAGGGCAAGGAGCUUCUGCACUUCAUGGGCUGCUCCACCUUCUCGCAAUACACCGUCGUCGCCGAUAUCUCCGUCGUAGCCGUCACCGACCAGGCACCCAUGGACCGAACCUGCUUGCUGGGCUGCGGUAUCACCACGGGUUACGGUGCCGCAGUCAUCACGGCAGGCAAGGGUGGUGUUGAGAAGGGUGCCAAUGUCGCAGUCUUCGGUGCUGGAUGUGUCGGACUCUCCGUCAUUCAAGGAGCCGCCAGCCGUGGUGCGGCCAAGAUUAUCGUAGUGGACGUCAACGAUUCGAAGAGGGACUGGGCCGCCAAGUUCGGUGGUACGGACUUUGUCAACCCAGCCAAGGACUUGAAGGAGGGUGAGACCAUCCAGCAAAGACUCAUCGAGAUGACCGACGGCGGCUGCGACUACACAUUCGACUGCACUGGCAACGUCAGCGUCAUGAGGGCCGCCCUCGAGGCUUGCCACAAGGGUUGGGGCGAGAGCAUCAUCAUUGGUGUUGCUGCUGCUGGUCAGGAGAUCUCUACAAGACGUAAGUACAAUCUCUCGUGGAUCCGUGUUCAGAGACGCUGACAUCCGCCACAGCAUUCCAACUUGUCACCGGACGUGUAUGGAAGGGUUGUGCUUUCGGUGGUGUCAAGGGUCGUAGCCAGAUGGGUGGAUUGAUCGACGACUACCUGACCGGCAAGCUCAAGGUCGACGAAUUCAUCACGCACCGGCAGAACCUGUCCGGCAUCAACGACGCCUUCCACGACAUGCACGCAGGAGACUGCAUCCGAUGCGUCGUCGACAUGAGAAAGCUAUAG